UCAAAGCAUUUCGCGGCCCAUGCCGUAGUGAGCUCCUUUGCAAUAUAAAACUGCCAUCCAUCAUUGUAUCCUUCCACGCUCCUGAAAGCACUGAGCACUGACCUGGGUCAAGUGUUAUUCGACUCACGGUGGAAAAUGCCGACAAACCGCCACUUGGGAUACGCACAUCAUUGUACCGUAGCAUGCGUUUCGUCAGAAGUAACGCAUGUGUCGUAAGGUCAGCACCGACGUUACGUCGCAAGAUAAGGUACUCCUCUGCUACUGAACUAUGGUAUAGUUGUUCCAUUGUGAUCUUUUUUUCGUUGCCCUGCGACACCACCGACGAUGCGCAUGCUCCGAAUGGAGCACUUUACAGAGGACGUAAGGAGCUUAAUCUCCUCGAGGUACUCAACACAUCUAUGCCUUUAUAUUUGUAUUAUUUCUGUAACAACAUGGGCAUUCCUGAAUGCCACGGAGAGGAAUGUUUCAAGGAAACUUACACCUGUGAGCACUGGCGUAAGAGAGAAUUGACCAACACCACCUACAACUUCACUGACUCACUGCUGAAUGAAUCGUUAAUAUGGGAGAACACGACGUACGACGCCGAAAUUCUUCAAACUCCAUGGCCGCCAACUGAAAUGCGAUACAAUGAUACAACUGAAAACAAAGUGUCAUACAUCAUUGACAUGAACUUGACUUAUAAUGAACCAGACACAUACAACUGCAGUGUUUUCGAUGUUAUUUUUCCACAGUAUCAAUUAAUAGGUGUGACGACUACGGCUAUGUACAUUCGCGGAAGUCUUCCCAAUGGUACGUUACCCCCUGAAUAUUGCCAAAUUCAUUUCUUGACAUACUGCCACAACACAACAAUUUUCAAGCCAUAUAACUGGAACUGCUCUCUGCGUGAAGAGCAACAACACGAGGAGACAAAUGAGCAGGAGGGUGAAGCAGCAGAUGUGAAUGAAUAAUAUAACAAUAAAAAAUAAAA